UCCUCUCCCGCUUUCACACUGUUGAGGAAGUGAAUCUUUUGGGUUGGGUCUUGAAGUGCAGAGUUGUCAAGUUGUCAAAUAUACAAGAAUAACUCUGUCAUACGGGAAUCUCUUGCAGAAGAUCUCAAUACCGCAAGUUCGAUACGACAACAGCAAAGAUGAAUGAUCAACAGCUGGAUUGCGCCCUGGAUUUGAUGAGGCGCCUGCCUCCUCAACAGAUUGAAAAGAACCUCAGUGAUCUUAUUGACCUGGUGCCCAGUUUAUGUGAGGAUCUCCUUUCCUCUGUAGACCAGCCUCUUAAGAUUGCCAGAGACAAGACCGUGGGCAAGGAUUACCUACUCUGUGACUACAACAGAGAUGGAGAUUCCUAUAGGUCUCCGUGGAGUAAUAAAUAUGAACCACCAAUUGAAGAUGGCGCCAUGCCAUCUGCUCGCUUGCGCAAACUGGAAGUGGAGGCUAACAAUGCCUUUGAUCAGUACCGCGAUCUGUACUUUGAAGGAGGUGUAUCAUCUGUCUAUCUGUGGGAUUUGGAUCACGGUUUUGCAGGUGUCAUUCUCAUCAAGAAGGCUGGUGAUGGGUCUAAGAAAAUCAAAGGCUGCUGGGAUUCUAUCCAUGUCGUGGAGGUGCAGGAGAAGUCUGGUGGACGCUCAGCCCACUACAAGUUGACCUCAACAGUAAUGUUGUGGCUUCAGACUACAAAGUCUGGCUCUGGCACCAUGAACCUUGGGGGAAGUCUCACAAGACAGAUGGAGAAAGAUGACAACGUCGGAGAUUCCGCCCCUCACAUUGCCAACAUCGGGCGUCUAGUUGAAGAUAUGGAAAAUAAGAUUCGUUCAACCCUUAAUGAGAUCUACUUUGGCAAGACGAAGGACAUUGUCAAUGGGCUCAGAUCUAUUGAGUCUUUGCCCGAUAACCAAAAGUUCCGUCAGCUCCAGAAAGAGCUGUCUCAGGUCCUCACCCAGCGCCAGACCUACAUUCAGGAGGAGUAGGGCUGUAGGAGUGUGCAGCCUCUGGCAGACAAGUCCAAACAAGAAGCACUGCAAAAGGACCUGAUCAGUCACAUCAAACAACGCAAGCAGCUGGGUUAGAGGGGCUCACGGUCUCUCCAGCUCCCCCUCCCACUCCCACGCCCACUCCCACAAUCUGCUUCUCCUGUCUAGGCCGCCGCCUGAGACUGGUCCUAACAUUCAGGGGCCUGUCCUGCAUAACAGUUUUCUUUGUUGCCUCUGGUCAUUAUGGAUUUUCUGUAAAAAAUGUACAUUUUCAUUUAGCUGUGCUCCCGCCUUUAUGAUGCAGUUCAUUCUAAAUGAUGAACUUUUGGAAGAGUUAUCAUGGUUUGUGAACUUAUGAACAUUUGUUGAACCCCUUAUAAAUGGGCAUUUAAAGGCAAGUUAUGACUGCAGAUAUUAUUGACGCUUUUGAGGUUCUUUCGAGAUUCGUAAACGGUACAGAAACUUAUUUUAAUAUUAAUACGUCUUAUUCAUCUUAUUGAAAAGACAUAUUGGAUGAGUUUUAUUUCUAAGUUUUCAUGUAUAUUAUUUAUAGAGACUUUUAUUCAGCACCCUGACGGGUAGCUGGGGAAGAAGCAUCUUUAUCCAAAAGCCAAUAUUAUUUUUGUAUAAGUAUGAAUGAAAUGUACGUUGUGCCUCGUUACAUUUGGUUUGAAGUCAACUGAAAAUCUUUUACUGACCCAUCCUCUUAUGAUGGGUCAGUUGGGAAAACAUUUGUAAAUGCUGUGUGUUACUGUCCAAUUUUGUUCUUCAUUCUUGAUCUGGUUACGGUGUGAGGGAUGGGAGAAGUUGCAGGCACAGAAUAUAGGUAAACAUUUUUGUCCAUGUUUAAACAUAUUUCUCUCCUAAAGGCUUUAUUUUUUGUGCACUUUGCAUUUGUUUUGAUAUAGCUUUUUGUCUGCAGUGUGCCAUUUAUUGUAUGCCAGUUGUAAUUCUAACUUAUAGACACAUGGGGUCAUCGUUAAGUAAAAUGUGUAUGUAUUCAGACUGAUUGUAUUAUUGUAUGCGAUCAUUGAAGCAGUGUAAGGUUUGAUCAAGUUGGAUGGUUUGCUCCAAACAACUCAAAAUCAAUUUGCUCAUGUCUGCUGUUUGCUGGUAUGUGUGGGGUAUCUGAGCAGCACACAGUAGAUGUAUGCAAGGACUAUAAUUAGGAAGUUAAAAACUAGUUAUAAAGUUCUAAAACUAGAUCUGUUGAUUAAUUACGCUGAAAGGGUACUGUAAUACGUACAAAUUAAAUGUCAUUCUAGGUAUCUAACAUUUAACAGGCCUUAGUCAACACAUUGGUUCAAGUAUCAAGAUGCUGUAUGUAUCACAGCUGAUUGAUUCGCUUUUCAAGCAGUCUUAGCACAAAACACUUAGUUUUGCAUUUUGCAAAAUACUGUAUCACCCAUCACUCAUGGCACUGUGACAAGCUAAUAUAUUUGUAUUGAAUUUUUAGAGCAGGAAGGUUUAUUUUUCUACCUGUUGUGAUUAACGAGCUUAUAUAGACAAGAUUCAUGUAAGAGACCUGUAUGCUAUAAUGGGUCGGUUGUUCCAUUUGAAGUAAAAAGUAAAGUAACUGGGUGAACACA